GCCGGGACGUUUUAAGAUUCGUGAAGCCUCUCUUUCUCUUCUUCUACCUAGAAUUCAUCAGCUAGAGAUUGAAAAAUGGCGGACGGUGAAGAUAUUCAGCCACUCGUUUGCGAUAAUGGGACUGGAAUGGUCAAGGCUGGUUUUGCAGGUGAUGAUGCUCCAAGAGCAGUAUUCCCAAGUAUCGUUGGUCGUCCGCGUCACACAGGAGUGAUGGUUGGAAUGGGACAAAAGGAUGCAUAUGUUGGAGACGAGGCACAGUCGAAACGUGGUAUCUUGACUCUCAAGUAUCCAAUCGAACAUGGUAUUGUUAACAAUUGGGAUGACAUGGAAAAGAUUUGGCAUCACACUUUCUACAACGAGCUGCGUGUUGCCCCGGAAGAGCAUCCGGUUCUGCUAACCGAAGCGCCGCUUAAUCCCAAGGCUAACCGUGAGAAGAUGACACAGAUCAUGUUUGAAACUUUUAACACUCCUGCUAUGUAUGUUGCCAUUCAAGCUGUUCUCUCCCUCUAUGCCAGUGGUCGUACUACUGGUAUUGUUUUGGACUCUGGAGAUGGUGUGAGUCACACGGUUCCAAUCUACGAGGGUUAUGCACUUCCACACGCAAUCUUGCGUCUCGAUCUUGCUGGUCGUGACCUAACUGACCACCUCAUGAAAAUCCUAACAGAGCGUGGUUACUCCUUCACCACAACUGCUGAGCGUGAAAUCGUUAGAGACAUGAAGGAGAAGCUCUCUUACAUUGCCUUGGACUAUGAGCAAGAGCUCGAGACUUCCAAAACCAGCUCAUCCGUAGAGAAGAGCUUCGAGCUGCCAGACGGUCAAGUGAUAACAAUCGGGGCAGAGCGUUUCCGGUGCCCUGAAGUCCUGUUCCAGCCAUCGAUGAUCGGAAUGGAAAACCCUGGAAUCCAUGAAACUACUUACAACUCAAUCAUGAAAUGUGAUGUGGAUAUCAGGAAGGAUCUUUAUGGGAACAUUGUGCUCAGUGGUGGAACCACUAUGUUCGGCGGGAUUGGUGACAGGAUGAGUAAAGAGAUCACCGCGUUGGCUCCAAGCAGUAUGAAGAUCAAAGUUGUUGCUCCACCGGAAAGGAAGUACAGUGUUUGGAUUGGUGGCUCUAUCUUGGCCUCUCUCAGUACUUUCCAGCAGAUGUGGAUUGCGAAAGCCGAGUAUGAUGAAUCUGGACCGUCGAUUGUCCACAGGAAGUGCUUCUGAUCAAAUAUCACCAAGUAAAACAAGUUCGGUAAAAAUUUUGAUAAAUCAUUUUUCCACCCUGAAACCAGUUUCUAUAAUUACUUACA